AUUUAAAUCUACAAGAAUUAAGUGCGGAAAGAAAAAUCUGACAAAACAUUACCAAAAAGUAUACGAGUCAAUGCACAGUAUCAUUGAAAUAAUGUCUUACCUUUUCAUAAUGGUCAACCCGUUCUUUACGCACUACCAAGACGUUCGGUUUUGUUCCAAGUCUUCGCCGGCCGUCAACUCUCACAAGUCAAAGCUGACAGUUUCCAUGGAUCAUUUUCCAGGCAAUUCACUCACAGUUCCCCACUCCCUCAUAAAUUUGCUCACCAUCCAAACAAGACCCUUCAACCAUUUUCUCCACAAUCAAAGGAAAACCGACCAAACCCGAAACCAGAACCAUGUCUUUCUUCUCCGGCGUCCAAUCUCCCGGGGCGAAAUCCGUGGUAUCCCUCGUGGCUUCUGCAGCUGCGACGGCCAUGCUUGUCCGUUCGGUAGCUCGGGAAUACAUUCCUCAUGACCUAAGCAACUACACAUAUCGGAAACUCAGAAAACUGUUCUCUUCCUUCUCCUCCGAACUAACCGUUGUGAUUGAAGAGUUGGAUGGUAUGAUGAUCAACCGUCUCUUCAAGGCUGCCGAGCUCUACCUUGAACCAGCCCUUCCGCCUUCCGCCACAAGAAUCAGAGUCUCCAUCCCUUCCGGAGAGGACAAAACAUCGAUUUCCAUGGAAGGCGGCGAAGAGAUCAUUGACAACUUCGAUGGCGUCAGGCUGAAAUGGAGGUUUUUGUCAAGAGAAAUCCCCCCGAGACGGGUAUAUCCGGACAUGGAUCAAAGGAACUCUGUUUCAAUGUCCGAACAGAGGUUCUACGAGCUGAGAUUCGACAAGAAACACAGGGAACUCGUUCUGGGGAAAUACAUCGAACACAUUAUGAGCAAGGCCAAGGAAUCGAUGAAGAGGAAGAGAACGCCGAGGCUGUUCACGCUUUCGCAGGAGAGGAUUAUUGGGAUGAGAGGGAGCGCGUGGGAAGGUGUCCCUCUGCGUCAUCCGGCGAGGUUCGAGACCCUCGCCAUGGACGACAACGUUAAGAAGACGGUGAUGGAGGAUCUAGAGAUGUUCGUCAAGAGAAGAGACUACUACAGGAAGGUAGGAAAGGCAUGGAAAAGAGGGUACCUGUUGUUUGGGCCUCCGGGGACGGGGAAGUCGAGCUUGAUCGCGGCCAUGGCGGAUCAUCUGCAGUUCGAUGUGUACGAUCUGGAGCUGACGCAGGUGAGAGGGAACUCUGAGCUGAAGAAGAUUCUCAUGUCGACGGGGAACAAAUCCAUCCUCGUCGUCGAGGACAUCGACUGUUCCGUACAGCUCCGGGACCGGCUCUCGCCGGAGACCGUCAUGACGACCCCGUUUGGACACAGAGAAGUAACCCAGGUGACUCUGUCGGGAUUUCUGAACUUCGUGGACGGGCUGUGGUCGAGCUGCGGGGACGAGAGGAUCAUCAUUUUCACGACGAACCACAAAGAACGGCUCGACCACGCCCUCCUCCGUCCUGGACGAAUGGACGUCCAUGUCCACAUGUCCUAUUGCACUCCGUGCGGUCUAAGGCUCCUCGUCCGGAACUACCUGGGCGUGUCUGAGUCCGACCACGACCGGCUCCUGGCCGAGGCCGAGGAUCUGUUGCUUGCGGCGAAAGCAACCCCUGCCGAGGUGGCUGAGGAGCUGAUGAAGAAUGUGGCAGCCGACGUUGCGUUGGAGAGGUUGAUCGAGUUUCUGAAGAGGAAGAAGAGUGAUACCGAAAACGAAACAAAGACUAAAAUAGAAGAAUAGUAGUAAUAAGUUUCUCACG